CAUGCCGGUAAAUGUUCUUGCUACUUUCGAGUAUACAUUGUCGACCGUUAGUGCUCGGGUUGCGGCUUCGCCAUGGGAUGGGGAGGGCAGAACCGGGAAGACGCCCCCACGCGCUCCAUUCCUGGGGAUCCAUUGCUCACUUCUUCACUUGUCUUCGCCCCAAGUCCUGUUCCUCUUGUUGGCGGGCCUCCACCGGCCAUGAACGCAGCGCAUUACCUGCUGGACCGCAUGCGAACGUGCAAAGCGUUGCAAGAGAUUGGUGACAAGAAAGCGCGCGGCUGCUUCUCGUCCGUGGGUAGCGCUACGCAUUCGUUCCACGGCGACGAUGCUGUGGGCUUUGGACCAGGCUACAUGGUGGUGGCGGACGGAGUGUCGGGAACCAUGAAGGCGUCAGGUGUUCUUGCACGCAUGCUGGUGGCCGAAACGCUGUCGGCACUGGCCAAGCUGCGCAAGCGCUCGCGGGAGGAACCCCCGUGCGCCGAAGACUUUAACGAAAGCAUACAGGCGGCCAUCAAAAGCGCACGCAAAAUGGCCAAGCGCAAAGGACGACUCGACUCGACCAUCUCAGCGGUCUACUUCGAUGAGACCACUCGCCAGAUGUUCGUAUACACGAUCGGCGACUGCAAGUGCGUAGUGUUCCGCGGCGCUCAGCUCGUGUUCGAGAGUGACUCCAUCAUCUACGACUUUAAUGACGAGAACACUGGUGGUUUUUUCAUCUGUCUAUUGAAGAAGGUGGCGCCUACACCGGAUGACAAGGAGGAAACUAUUUCAGACAAGGCUGAAGGUGAAGAGACUGUGGUUAAGAAGGAAGAAACGGGUGUGAAGGAAGAAGCAGCUACGGCUACCAACGCUACGGAGGCACAAAAGCCUGAUGAGGCCAGCACGAACGAAACGAAGCCUCGUAGAAGUCGCCGCAACGAAAAGAAGGGCGAAGUGUAUGUGCCAUUUGGUGCUGACAACUGGGCUACUGUGCGCGAGUAUUACGAUAUUUCUCCUGCUUUUUCGGCAAAGCAGUUGAUCACUCGCUCGGAGGACGCAAAGUCUGUCACUUUUGUAACUGAGAGCAUCACGAUGGCUCUGUUGGAGGAGAUGAAGCGCAAGAAGCUCAAGGUUGUAUACGCUGGGCUCAAGAUGUUCGAGCGUAAUGAAACCGCGGAGGGUGGCAAAGUCUACCGCGUGUGCCAAGCUGGCCUGCCGCACAUUCUUCCGUUCAUGAACAAACGAAAGGCGAAGGUGUCAACCAAGGACUUCCAGAUGAUGCUGGAAAGACUUGGUGACUUGCUGGACUUUGACGAAUUUGAGCCUGCUACGCGACAAUAUUUCGAGAACGCUCCGAUCGGUAGCGUUGUGUGUAUGCUCGAUCGCCCUGGCCAGUCCAACGUUGAGUCGAAGGUGAUGAACCUGGUUGUGUGGCGUGGUCGGAACUCCGUGAAUGUGAUGGCUGCCAAGGCGGAUGUGGCUGUGCUGCUGGGAACGAUGAAGGAGCUUAAGAUCUACAACUCUGCCGUGCAGGAGGCUGUAAUGGAAGCCAAGAAGGUUAAGGACGAAGAGCGUGCUGCUCGUGACGAAAAGAAAGAGGUGGAGAUAGAAGAGGUGAAGGACGAAGGCAAGAAGACAAACGCUACGCCCGCCAACUAA